AUCCGUCCCGAAACUGAUACUGUUAAAUUGGUCACGUAGUACGUACCCUUGUAGACGGAUUCUAUAAAAAAAAAACCAUAAAAAUCAUGAAUGAAUAAUAAUGAACAUAUCCCAGAAUUGCAAAGAUGCUGCAAGCAAAGAUGAUAAGAGUGAAAAUGAAACCAAAAUCAUUGGAGUACAUCAGGAUGUGAAAGUAGGAGGAAACCAGAAAGAAUGUAGAGAAAUCCCAAGGAGCGCAGUGAGAAAUCAGGCCUGCCUUGCUGUUCUCAGUGUAGCUGUAGGCAUUGUAUGUCUUUGGUUUCAAGAUCAUCCCUAUGAACCUCAGAUUGGUAUUUCUAGUCAAGCUAAUAUAUCUAAUGUAGUCACAUUGAAAACACACUUUGCACCUCUGGAUCCCAAAGCGUUUUCAAGCUUUGUAGAUAGCAAAGAGUCCAGAUCAAGUUUACAUGGCAUACUAAAUUGGAAGAGUGCAUCUGUUUCAUGGAAAUGGGUUCACCAUGAGUAUUUUGCACCAUUACUUCCCCUAGGUGCACUAUCCAAAGAUCCAGCAUUUGUGUGGAGGAUUUUGCCAGAUGAUACAUCACAAGAAGUUAUGUACAGUUCCAAGUAUGUUGCACCCCCACCUUCAGGACCUGUGGAGGAGCUUCUUCAUGGCCUGUUGUCUCUCUUCCAUCCACAACCUUUUCUCUACUCCAGGUAUGGUCCACGAGGUGCUGCAGGAAUUAUUCGUGCCAAAAGCGUUGAUUGUGUAGAUAUUUUACUCAGAUUGCAUGCAGAGUAUCAGUUAAAUCCACCAUCUCGGCGUCCGUUGUGGUUUACUCCUGCUGCAUUUAUUGGGAGACUUGUAAUGAACACGACAGACUCAACAGUGAAGCACUUUUCUCUUGGUGUUCCUACAGACAAGCCCCUUAAUGUAGAUUUGGAAUGGCUCAUUGGGCCUGAUGAAGAUAAGGACAUGGAAGUAACAAUCACAUAUCUACCAGAGAUGAGUCUUGAAAUAGAAGAUAUAGAUAGUGGUGGCAUAAGUUGGUUGGAUGAAAUAUCACAGAGUAAAGCCUUGGAUUUGUUGGAAAAGGAGCUGUACAAAUACAAGCAGGUUGAGUACCUCAACUUCCCAGAGGCUUACUUGAAAGGAAGCAGUGAAGGUAAACCAGUACAUACAUUAGUACUGUGGGGGUCACUAGCAGACCAGUCGUGCUGAGGAUCAGGAAGAGCACUGCGAGAAGGUCCUCUUUCAUCUUCCAAGGUGCUGUCGUUACUUCAUAAGAAUUUUAUAUCGUCGUGGGUUCUACAUUCAGAACUGGAGCAAUAUGCUGAAGAAUCAUCAGCCCAAAGUGUGUCUAUUGCUGCCAGUCUUGCCCUAGAUGCUUAUGUCUUCCCUGUGCAGGUGUUAAUACAAGAUCCUUCUGGGUAUGUAAUAACUUCUAUCAAUGCUAAUCAUAUUUUAGAUGUUGAGCUCAAUAAUACAAUGAUUCUCCAAGGUUUUUAUGAUCCAGCAGAAUAUGCAUAUUGCAGGUUUUUAGAAGAAGGCCUAAAGAAAUAUAAUUAUAUUUUUAUGGAUUAGGUUAUAGUUUCACUUUACUGUUUUUGGAACACCUUCAAGAAAUUUUAUACCUCUCGUGAUUUCAUUUUCCAGAAAAUUUAUACUAUAUUGAAAUAAAGAAAUAUGUUUUAAAGCUUUAAUAUAUGUAUUUUUGUUAUAUUAUUUCUCAAAGUUUUCUAACUUUUAGUGGUUAUGACCAUUCUAGGUCUCAUGAUUGUAUGUCCUUUGAUACUUUAGUACUUGAUUCUCACUUUUGUUGUGAAUUUUUAAUAACAAACAACUAUUGGUUAUUGGUCUAUAGCACUUGUAUUUGCUGACCAUCUGAUGUCCAUUUCUUGGAAACAUAUCUUUGAUCACAUAUCCACAUAGGGCUUGUGUCCCAGUCUGACACUUGUGCAUUGUUGAAUGAACUGUGGUGAAUUUAAAAUACAAGUAUAAAUUUUUUUAUUUACAUUCCUCAAAGAGGUUUACAUCUCAAAAAAAUUUUUGCAUGUAUUGACCUUUGUGUGAUUUGAAAAUUACUCAAUUAAUUUUUAAAAAUUGUGAACUGGCACUGCGUAACGUCUUCAUAGUUUAUAGUUUAGGUGGAAAUUUAGUAGUGCUUGCAAUGUCUACAUGUAGUUUAGAAUAUAAUAGAUAUUGUUACAGUAUUUUGAUAUGCUACAGGCAUUAUUAUAUAGUAUUUUGUGAAAUUUAGAUGAAGGAAUGUAAAUUGUAAUUUGUAAUUAAGCAGAUAUUUUUAAUACUAUAGAUAUUACAAUCAUAGGCUGUAUCGUUUUCAGUCUAGCACUCAUUGCCCCUCAAUGAUUCUGUUAUAUAAAUCUGUUGGAGAGAGAGUGCAUUUAUCAUGUCUAUUUAGAGGUAUUGUUAUGAAAUCUGAUGAUUAUUUUAUUUUUUUUAAACUUGGUAGUCUAUGAAAAUUAUUCUUUACUAUUGAUACGUAUUCUAUUUCGAUAAAAUUUAAUGUUAGCUAUAGCAGUGUAACUGCAUUCUUGUCUCUCUAUUACGGAGGUUGAACCCUAAGUUUUCUCCUUACAAUUACCGAAUACCAUUUCCUUAACGGCAUCUCAAUAUUGAGCAGAAUGACAUACGUAACAUUACUCUGUGCCUCUGGUUUACGAUGGCAUAGUAUUUAUCUGAUGAUAGAUGUAUGUAGGAAAGGUUUUUAAACCUGCAGUCCCCAUGAAACUCUGACAGUAAAAGCAUUUGCCUUGUCAGAGUAGAAGUCUAUUUGCAGGUCUUGAAUACUUUCCUUUUACACCCAUCAUUUUCUGGUAACAAUGAGGGUAUUAAAUAACACAGGGACCAUAAAGGCAUGUGUAUUAUGUGAUAUAAUUUUGCCAAAUUGGUGGUUCUUCCAGCAUAUUUUGAUAAAAUACUUUUAGUAUUAAAACUGGUUGAUAUUUUAUUACUCUCUAUUGCUGCAACAUGCUGCUGUUGUUGCACACUUUUAAAACUAAUUUUUAAUGUCCAUACAUUGCAGUUACAUUUUUUUUAUUUAACAGGCAAGUGUUUGGUGAGUAUAUAUAUUACUGUGGUGCUUUUGAAAGUGUGGUUGUGUAUUUUUCUUCAGCUAGGAAUGUGACUGAGAGAGGCAAGUUUUAAUUAGCAUUACUGCCUUUAUAAAGAAAAACUAACAAAUGUGCUUGUGCAGUAUUCUGUGAUUAAGAUUUAUAGUGCACUAGUUUUUUAAAGAUUGUCUCACAUUUCUUUGUAUUUUGUGUGUGUAUAUAGGUCAUAAAGUAGGCAUUUUUUGUUAAAUUUGUUAUGUAAUUAGAGAAUAUAUAAAAAAAAAAUUUAUGUAGAAAAUAAUUCCUGGUUGUAGAUAUAAAUUUUUUGCAAUUAUUUGCAUUGGUGAUCAACUGCUUGCACCAUGCAGUCUAAUCAAUGGUGAAUUUAGUAUUGUAUACUUCACAUGAAUAUAAAUUUAUUACACUCCACUCUGCAUCAUGCAGUCUAAAAAAAGACUGGAGAGGCAUCAUGCAGUCUGAAAAAGACUGGAGAGAACUUUGUCAAAAUGUGCACCUGUCUAUCAUAUAUCCUUGAAUUGAUUGAAAAUAUUGUAUUGAAGACUAUCAGGUAGAUUUAAGACAAUUUAAAAAUUUUUGUGAUAAUAGUUUACAAAUUUUGCCAGUUGUAUUCUGUAGGUACUAUGAUGUUAAGAGCGCAAGUAUAUAUAUGAAAUUCAUCUAAAAGUAAUCCUGCCAUUAAAAUUUAAGAAAAUUUUAUUCUGUUGCCUGAAAAAUGAUAAGGAGUUGCAUUUAACCACAAUUAUAAUGUAAACUUAUGUAAAUUUAUGGGUGGGGUAAAGAAAAAAUUCCUUUUUAUCAUAUAACAAAUUUAAGUCUUUUACAACAAAGUAUACUUCUUAGCCCCGAGAACUAAUAAAUUUAGUAGGAAAGAUAAAAGCUCACAAGAUUAGGAUCAGCAUUAGGCAGACACGGCAUAGCACUUAUUUUUCAAUCAGUACCCCAGAAGGGGAAAAGUGACAAGAUGUGUUCUAGUGUAGUUUUUGGCCAGUUGUAACAGCUACAUAACAAGGAUAAACCACUGGGUAAUCUAAGAUAUAUUAUGGUGAAAAUGUCAUUCACAAAAUCCACAACAUAUAGUAAUAGAGAAUAAAGUUGAAUUAGGUUACAGGGGUUCAGAUUAAAUGAUACAUUUAUCAGGCAUCCACAUUAGAAUACUGAGAAACCUCUGAUGCAUGCAUCAGAUCUCAUCUGUAAGUCUUAAAGACCGCUUUACUUGUAAAGUACAACUUUAAAACACAAUUAGACAAGUUUGUAUGUCAUCUGAAUUGAAUCAUGUUAACUGAACAGAAUAACUUUCACUUGAAAUACUACUGGCACAAUAAAAGUUACUUGAUAUUUCGAUAUAAAAAUUACCUAACAGGAUUUUUUUUUAAAUUGCGAUAGUCAAUGUGAAUUACUGUGGUAAAAUUUGUGAAUCAAAAGCAAACUGGACUUAACUAUUUUUUUUAUGCAAAGAAAAAAUUAACUGGGUAGAAGAAAUUCAAACCAAUCUUAAACUCACAAGGCAAAAUAAACUUCAGUGGCUUGCCUGUAUAUGCUAGAAGACUCCAUCUGAAAAGCACCUCAGUGGUGUGGUCGGUAUGGUGUUGGCGUGCCAUCUCGGUGGCUGCGAGUUUGAUUCUCGGACAUUCCAUUAAGGGGUGAGAGAUGUGUAUUUCUGAUGAUAGAAGUUCACCCUCGAUGUGGUUUGGAUGUCACGUAAAGCCGUUGGUCCCAUUGCUGAACAACCACUGGUUCCGUGCUACGUAAAAAAAAAACAUACAAACAACCAAACUCCAUCUGAAAUCAUAUAAUACAGCUCUCAAGAAUGUUGGUAGUUAUACUUUUUAUUUGCUACUUCCAGUUUCAAACGCUUUCUUAGGGCCCUAUUUUUUCCACAUUAGUAAAAGAUUUAUCUAAUCUUGCUUUUACAGAGGGAAACUAAGUCAAAUAGAAAGAUUCAGUCAAGUUUCUGCACUCUUAUCAUCUGUACGUAUAGAGGUAUUCAUCUGUUAAAAAUACAUGACAUGCCAAUGUUAACUCUGAAGGAAAACUGUCUUUACUGGUGCUAAUAUUUAUUUUUAUUCUAUAAGGAACACACAUUUAAUACUGAAAAUUAACAGAUGUACUUUUGACUGUUUGUGGUAGGUAAGUAAAAAUUAUGUAAAGGAAGAAAAGUUACCCUGUAUAAUAUAUUUUCUUCCAGUCAUCCUGUAUUGCAUCAUGAUCAUGGGUGUAAUGAAAGACUUGUGGUUUCAAAUCAAACCAUCCUUAUGUUGUACUUAAAAUUCAUUACUCCUUCAAAGCGUUAGUUCAAAAGUGUUAAGUGCUAUUUUUUGCGUAAAUUGUCCGUAAAAUUUUACAAUAAAGAUAUGAAAAAAAUUC